AUGGGCCUCUCGCUCGCCCUCCUCGUGGUGCCGUACCCUGGUCUGGCGUACCCAGUCCUGACAGCAGUCACGGGCGCUGCAUGCGUGUGGGCGGGAAAAGAAGUACUCGCUCGAUGCAAGGCUCCAAGGGGAUGGGAGGAUGCGUUUGCCCGCGUUGGUCGUGCUCUGGGUGCAGAUGGCUCCUCUGAUCGUGCGCGUCAUCCAGUUAUUCAUCAGCUGGGACGGGCGCUCAUCGUCGUUGGCGCGCUCGCUACUCUCGGUCUGGACGCCUACUUUGACGGCAACGAGCCGACGAGCCAGGUAUUGGCACUAGCUGUGGUAGGCAUCGUGAUGCUGGUGGUGGCGCUAACUGCUGCACUUGCAGGCCGGGCUUGGAUCAAUCCGGCUGGAGGAUGGAUCGCUGCCGCCGGAGCUGUCCAGCUGACGGUGGUCAACGCGCGGCGGCUGGUCAUCCACGCGCUCGACCCAUCGAUCUCGGUGCUCCAGUGGUACGCGCUGGCGUAUAUUGGGUAUCUGGUGUCGAGUGUCGAGUUGAUGAUGCGAGCGACGAGGACGUCGUCUGUGGCGGACGCCGGCCUCGGCUACCUCGUCUGUAUCCGGGCGGCCACCGCGCUGCAGGGCAUUGUUCUUGGCCGCGCUGCUGAUGGCGCAGUGGUGUCGUCGACAGUGCUCCCAAUUCUGGGCACGAUAGCUAUGACUGCCGGGCUCAUCAUGGUUUUCGCCAUCUCGCGCAGCCUGGCGGCCAGCAGCGGCGAGGCGCCGCUGGUCGGCGUCGAGCUCUCGUCAGCAUCGUCGACCUCAUCAGCGUCGUCGGCCUCGGAGCUUUCGUCGUCGCGAUUGUCGUCUAUGCCAGCACGUGGGUCAUGCUCGUGGGCGCGAGCUUGUUCCUUGUGUGCGCUGGCUGUGGCUGCAAUUGUUGUGUACGGACUCGGGGUGAUCAUUCCGGUCUUUGCGCUAUACCGCGGGUGCCCGGCAUCCCACGGUCCGAUUGCGGUUCAUCCACCGCUGCCUGUCUUUAGUACGUCCAACGGCGGGCUUCCGCUCAACGCGACGAUGGUUCACGGGAGCCACAACUCGUUUCAUCUCCUCCCGCUCCCCAACUGGCCAGGCUACUCGACCGGCGCCGAGCACUGGCUGUAUCAGCACGAGACGUUGGCGAACCAGCUGGCGCACGGUGCACGCGCGUUCGAGCUCGACGUUCACAUGCGAGGCAGGUCCGCCGCAGUCUUCCACAUUCAGCUGUGGGAUGAUCAAGCGAGCUGUAGCUGCCUGGUGGAGUGCCUUCGCGAGAUGCUGGAGUGGUCGCUGGCGCACGAGGGUCACUCGCCGAUAUUUGUGCAGCUCGAGCUCAAGAUUGACCUCAACGUGGACAUUGUGCAGCAGAUGGCUGGCGUUGGCAUGGAUGAUCUUGUUGCUGUCGAAGAGAUGAUUCUCAGCGUGUGGGGCAACCGCGUGUUCCGGCCGGACGACUUGCGCGGUGGGUACGCGACGCUCACCGAAGCUGUGGCGCGUGCAGGCUGGCCUAGCCUCGACGCCAUGCGCUCGCGCAUUGUAUUUGUUCUCGAUGAUACGGGCGCGGUGCGGGAGACGUACGCGGCGGGCUCGUCGAGUCUGGAAAACCGGGUCAUGUUUACCCUCACUGACGGCGAGCUCGACGGGCGUGACGACCUCGCCUACGCCAAGUUUAACGAUCCGCAGUUCGGAUCGCUCAUUGCCUCGGCCGCCCGCCGCGGCCUGAUGAUCCGGACCCGAGGCGAUGUCAACGAAGACUUUACCCCGGCCGAGAAGGAGUCUCCCGCCCGGCUAGCCAACGCGCUCGCCUCGGGCGCCCACUUUAUUUCGCUUGAUUGGUUCAUCGUCCGCAAGUGGACGACUGCCACCGCCGACGGAGCCGUCGUCGCCGCCGCCGGAUGCAACGCCAACCCCGGCAUGGGACCCACAUGGCCCGAUCGCCAGUGUGAUGUGCUGUCGCAACUUUAG